UCCUUUUUUUUUUUUUUUUUUUUAAACUGUGAAAGCUUCAUCUUCAAAACCCAAAGUUUAGAUUUUUAAUAUUUGGUGUAAAUUUCGAUUCGCCAUUAAAGGGAAGCUUUGUUUUUCUUCAUAUUUCAACAAUGGUGUUAAUUUGUUAGUUCUUUUUUUCUUAUUACAGCAUUAACGGUUAACCCAAGAGAAAAGCUUCAAACACAACAAUGGCGCUGCCGUCGUUUAAUUGGUGGGGAAAAGGAAGUCAUAAAGGAACUCCGGUCGUCGUCACAAUGGAGAACCCAAACUGGUCAAUGGUUGAACUUGAAGCUCCAUCGGAAUCCGAUUUUCAAACGUCGACGGUCACGCAAGAGAAAGCGCGUGGCAAAAACGCGAAGCAACUCACUUGGGUACUCCUCUUGAAAGCUCACCGUGCCGCCGGUUGUUUAACCUCCGUUGCUUCCACAUUGUUCAGUCUCGGUUCAACCAUACGUCGCCGAGUCAUCUCCGGUCAAACCGACAACAACGACAGCACUCCCUCGACCGAAAACAAAACUGUUAAAACCCGGUUCUAUAACUGCAUCAAAGCGUUCCUUUGGUUAUCCUUGUUAUUACUCGGUUUCGAAAUCGCCGCGUAUUUCAAAGGUUGGCAUUUCGGUGCCCCGAAACUCCAAUUACAGUACAUUUUCACGGCGCCGUUCGGUGUUAGGGAUUUGUUCGACGGGUUGUAUACUCGUUGGGUUUUGAUUCGGGUCGGGUAUUUAGCUCCACCUCUUCAAUUCCUCGCUAAUGUCUGUAUCAUCCUCUUCAUUGUACAAAGCUUGGACCGGCUUGUACUCUGUUUGGGUUGCUUUUGGAUCCGGUUCAAGAAAAUCAAACCAAUCCCUAAACAAGACGCCAUUGUUGACCUCGAAGAAAAUGGUUUCUUCCCAAUGGUCCUCGUUCAAAUCCCUAUGUGCAACGAAAAAGAGGUUUAUCAACAAUCAAUAGCUGCAGUCUGUAAUUUAGAUUGGCCAAAAUCGAAGAUUUUGAUACAAAUAUUGGAUGAUUCUGAUGAGCCAACAACACAGCUGCUUAUUAAAGAAGAAGUACAUAAAUGGCAACAAGAAGGUGCCCGGAUUGUAUAUCGCCACCGUGUGAUCAGAGAUGGUUAUAAAGCUGGUAAUCUUAAGUCCGGCAUGAGUUAUAGUUACGUUAAAGAAUACGAAUUCGUUGCCAUUUUCGACGCCGAUUUCCAACCGGCACCCGAUUUUUUAAAACGAACCAUUCCCCAUUUUAAGGAUAAUGAGGAUGUAGGGCUGGUUCAAGCAAGGUGGUCCUUUGUUAAUAAAGAUGAGAAUUUACUAACUAGAUUGCAAAAUGUUAAUUUGUCAUUUCACUUUGAGGUAGAACAACAAGUGAAUGGUGUUUUCAUAAAUUUCUUCGGGUUUAAUGGUACUGCCGGGGUUUGGAGGAUUAAGGCGUUGGAGGAAUCCGGUGGUUGGUUGGAAAGAACAACCGUUGAGGACAUGGAUAUCGCGGUCCGUGCUCAUCUUCUUGGAUGGAAAUUCGUUUUCAUCAAUGAUGUCGAGUGUCAAUGUGAGCUUCCCGAAUCUUAUGAAGCUUAUAGGAAACAACAACAUAGAUGGCAUUCAGGACCGAUGCAGUUGUUUCGUCUUUGUUUGCCGGAUAUUAUUCGUGCUAAGAUCAGUAUGUGGAAGAAAUUCAAUAUGAUCUUUCUGUUCUUUUUGCUUCGAAAGCUGAUCCUACCGUUUUAUUCGUUCACUCUUUUCUGCAUAAUUCUCCCCAUGACAAUGUUCAUUCCCGAGGCCGAGCUUCCGGCAUGGGUAGUCUGUUAUAUCCCUGCUACAAUGUCGUUCCUAAACAUCCUUCCAACCCCGAAAUCAUUCCCAUUCAUUGUUCCUUACCUUCUUUUCGAGAACACCAUGUCAGUGACCAAGUUCAACGCCAUGAUCUCCGGUCUUUUCCAACUUGGUAGCGCAUACGAAUGGGUUGUUACGAAGAAAUCAGGUCGAUCAUCCGAGGGUGAUCUUGUAUCCUUGGUCGAGAAAGAAACAAAACAACAGCGCGGGGAAUCCGAACCCAAUCUUGACGAAACAAAAACCGAUAUUCUUCGAGAACAAAAGAGUAGGCAAAAGAAGCAUAAUAGGAUGUACACAAAGGAACUAGCUUUAGCAUUCCUUCUAUUAACAGCUUCAGCUAGGAGUCUUUUAUCAGCACAGGGUAUCCAUUUUUAUUUCUUGCUAUUUCAAGGGAUAUCUUUCCUUCUUGUUGGUCUAGACUUAAUUGGUGAGCAGGUUUUAUAAGAAGUGUGGUCGAUGUAAAUAUAGGCGGACUCGAACUCGGGUGGUUACCAAAUGAAAACUUCGGGCGGAGAGGGUUGGCUGAGAGCAGUGUUCAUCGUCUUCUAUACUCGAGAUUUCGGUUCUAGGGUCCACCUGAUACGAAGGAGAAAUUGUGUUUUAGCAUUGAUAGAACAAUGGGACUCAAUUUGGACAUAUAGGUACACUUGAAAAUGGUAAUACUCUUUCAGCAUGUCUGUGAUUCUUUUGUAAGAAAAAAUUGUUGUUCAAAAAUCAACGAGGAAUUCCAUUACAGUUCCAAA